CUUCGUCAGCAGCCAACAGCCGGCCAGCAGCGCAGCAGCCCAGCUCGUCCUUCCCUCCUCGGGCAGGCAUCAACCUUCCCCCUCCGCUCUUUGGCACAUGCGCAGAGACGAAUGCCCCCUUCCAAGAAUCCAAGCUUGAUCAAGGGCCAGAGCUCGCUUGCCAACUUCUUCUCGGGUGGCGGACUAGUCGCGGCCAAGCAGCAGCAGCAGCAGCAGCAGCAAACGAAGGGCGACGGGGGAAGCAACGGGAGCAAGGGUUCGCCGAGAAAGAAGGACAAGAAGGAGCAGGCGAGGGAGAAGACGCCACAGCAGGUCACAGAGGUCAAGGACAAGAUCGCCGUCUCUGGAUACACGCCCAGCCCGUCCAAGUCGCAGAACAAGAGGAUCUACACGGGCGAAGAGGAGGAGGAGGAGGAAGAGCGAGGGAACAAGCAAGCAGCACAAGCACAAGCACAAGCAGAGACAGAAGAGCAAGAAGAGGACUCAGAGAUGGCCUCGAAGUACUUUUCCGGAGGCAAGGCCUCGGGCAAGAACAAGUCCGACGCCAUUGCGCUCAGCGACGACUCUGACGAGGAUGACUUUGAGGAGCCCAAGCCAAAAGCCAAGGCGCCAGCCGCGGCAAGCAAGGCAAAGGCAAAGAGCUCGGCGGCUUCCAAGCAGACCAAGAGGAAACCGGCUCGAGCCGAUGAUUCCGAGGAGUCGGAGUUCGAAGAGGAGAAGCCCGCCAAAAAGGCUGCCAAGGCGUCGCCAUCGAAGACAUCGCCCGCAAAGGGCAAGAAGACACCGGCGGCGACCGCCAAGGCAAAAUCCAAGAAGGCAGGAGACGAUGACGACUUUGAUGAUGACCUUAUGGACGUCGAUUUGGAGGACGAGAAGCCGAAGGCAAAGGCAGGGUCGAGCAAAGCCAAACCGGCGGCAAAGGCCGAGCCGGAAGACAAGCCAAAACCAAAAUUCAACUAUGCGGAGAUGCAGAAGCGGUUGGCGGCAGGCCCAUCGGCACCAGGCUCCAAAGACAUUCCCGUCGGCAAGCCGGGAUGUUUUGCUGGCCUGACUUUCGUCUUCACUGGCCAAAUGACGAGCAUCUCGCGAGAGGAAGCCCAGGAUCUUGCCAAGCGCUACGGAGCUAAGGUUACAGGUGCACCAUCAUCCAAGACCUCGUACGUCGUUGUUGGAGAGGAGCCGGGCAAAUCCAAAUUGGACAAAAUCAGCAAGCACGGCCUUCCAACGCUGAACGAAGACGGAUUCCUGAAUCUGAUUGCAGAGCGUUCAAAAGGUGAAGUCAAGCUCGACGAUGCGACAAAGAAGAAACUGGCAAAGGAAAAGGAGGAGAUUGAAAAGGCGGCCAAGACAAUCGGUCCCAGCAAGGGGGAGCCAGUGUACGACAAUGCAUUGUGGACGGUGCGGUACGCCCCGAAAGAUCUCAAGGACCUCGUUGGAAACCCUGGGGCGAUCACUAAGCUCCGAGACUGGCUCCAGGCCUGGCCGAAGAGCGUCAAGUGUGACUUCAAGAAGCCAGGCAAGGACGCCAUGGGCAUUUUCCGCGCCGUCCUCAUUUCGGGCCCGCCAGGCAUCGGCAAGACGACGGCAGCCCAUGUCGUCUCACGCCUUGAGGGUUACACGCCCAUUGAGCUCAAUGCUAGCGACAUUCGUAGCAAGAAGCUUAUCGAAUCGAGCCUGCAGGACACCAUCAACAACACAAGUCUCGAUGGAUGGUACCGAGGUGGUAAGCUCGACAAAUCCCUCUCUGCAGAUGGCGUCACUAUCAGUGACCGUACCGUACUCAUCAUGGAUGAGGUUGACGGCAUGAGCGGUGGCGACCGCGGCGGCAUUGGUGCCAUCAACCACCUCAUCAAGAAGACAAAGGUGCCCAUCAUCUGCAUUUGCAACGACAGCAAGAAUCCGAAGAUGAAGCCUUUUGAACGAACGACUUUCUCGCUCAAAUUCAGCAAGCCUGAUGCACAGAAAGUGCGCACAAGGAUGAUGACGAUCGCAUUCAGAGAGAAGCUCAAGAUUCCUCCCGAAGUCAUGGACCAGCUGGUGCAGUCUGCGCAGUCAGACAUUCGCUUGGUCAUCAACAUGCUCUCGACGUGGGCUUUGACCAGUAAGAAGGCCAUGGAGUUCGACGAGGGAAAGGCACUGGGCGCUGCCAAUGCCAAGCCUGGCAUGCACACGCCCUUUACUCUCUAUUCAAUGCUCUCCAGCCAUGGGCUCUGGGCGGCGAGCUCCAAGAAGUCGCUCAACGACAAGGCAGACCUCUACUUUCAGGAUCAUUCCUUUGUGCCUUUGAUGGUGCAGCAGAAUUACAUCUCGCAAAAUCCGAUCAGAGCGCAAAAGUACUCGGGCAAACAAAAGGACCAGGCUGCGCUGAGCUUGAUGGCAAAGGCUGCCGACAGUAUCUCGGACGGCGACAUCGUCGACUCAAUGAUCCACAGCUCUGAACAGCAUUGGUCUCUGAUGCCCAUUCACGGCAUUAUCUCAACAGUGAAGCCCAUGUCGUAUGUCCACGGUCAGGGGGGCUUCCCUACCUUUUCUUCAUGGCUGGGCCAGAAUUCGAAACAGCAGCGUCUGACGAGGUCCGCCGUCGAGCUCCAAGCGCGUAUGCGCAUGGUCGCCUCUGGGUCUCGCUUUGAGAUCCGCGAGCAGUACCUGCCAUACCUCUUUGACAAGCUCAUCCAACCCCUGCUAGACUCGGGCUCCGACGGCAUCGACGAUGUCAUUGCUACCAUGGAUGACUACUACCUCGGCGUGGAAGACCGCGAGGCAGUCUUGGAGCUGGGUCUAGGUGCCGAGAAGAACGGAGAGGCGCUCCUCAAAAAGAUUCCCACAGCGACCAAAGCUGCCUUUACGAAGAAGUACAACGGCUCAAACCACCCUGUGGCGUUCUACAAGGGCGUCGACACUGGUGCGAAGGCCAAGAAGCUCACCGGCGAGCCUGCUCCUGACGUCGAAGAGGCCUUUGAAGCUGAAGAUGAGGUGCCUGAGGAGGACGAGGGUGAUGCGGCGGGAGGCAACGCAAGCGACGAUGAUGUCGACAUUUCAAAAGACAAAUUCUUCAAGCAAAAGAAGACAAAGAGCAAAGCAAAGGCUUCUGGCAAAUAAGCCGGCAUCCAUCACUACUUCUACUAGAUGGCCCGCAGCACACGGUUAGAGAGGACCACUUGUAUUUAAAGUCUCAUACACAACAACACUCCUCUUUGUGUCCUUGGUCAUAGCUCUGA